AUGUUCCCGUUCACGCGUCUCGUCUUUCUCGUCGCGAGCCUUCACUUGGUGCAAGUCUCAGCUUACAAUGUUCCACGCGCCGUGCUCUCUUCCUCCGCUGGAGAGACGACUUCGUUCGCAUUUCUUCCGAACGCCACUGUGACCGUUCCUGACCCGAACUUCCCUGAAGCGAGUGUGGUGGGAUUUCCCGGACCCACACCCACGGGAGAUGAGGCCGAAGCUAUCGCUACCGCGACUGCCUUAUCCAAAGUCGAUAGCGCAUUCCCUCUCGUCCGUCCAGACACGGAAGACCACAAGGGGAAGACGUUCAAUGUCGAACACUACUGGGGCAAUCUUUCUCCUAUGUUCUCUCUCGAUGCCGGUACCUUCGGUCUCAACGAGUCAUCGCCUCUGAUCCCAGAGGGUUGUUCCCUCACUCAAGCGCACCUCCUCCACCGCCAUGGAGCGAGGUAUCCUACCACUGGUGCUGCUCCUGCGCAAUUGGCCGCCGCGUUGCAUAAUGCUAACACGACCGUGAACGUGACGGGCCCGCUGGAGUUUCUAAGUACUUGGACGUACAAGCUUGGUGCUGAGAUUUUGACCCCUUUCGGACGUGAGCAAUUGUAUGGUUUGGGUGUCGGUUUCAGGGUCAGGUACGGUGAGUUGUUGAAGGGGUUCAACGACUUCCCCGUGUGGCGUACCACCUCAGAGGGUAAUUUGCAGUUCGCGGCAGGGUUCUUCGGCGUACAGUCUUACCAGACUAGCUAUCAUCAGCUCAUCGAAAUAGAGUCCUCGGGAUUCAACAGCACAUUAGCUCCGUACGACGUCUGUACUAAUGCGAACAACGCCGUCGCGUCUCUGGGGAGUACUCAGGCCAAUGCUUGGGCUGAAAUAUAUACGGCUCCUACGAUCGAGAGGCUGUCAAAACACAUCACUGGCUUGAACCUCACGGCUUCAACUAUCAUUGCAAUGCAAGAGACUUGUGCAUACGAAACUGUGGCCCUCGGCUUCUCGAGCUUCUGUGCACUUUUCACGGAGGAGGAAUGGAAGCAGUUCGAGUAUUUCCUGGACGUCUCAUUCUGGUAUGGAAACGGUCCCGGUAACCCAGCAGUGGCCGCUCAGGGUAUCGGUUGGGUUCAAGAGCUCGUUUCACGUCUGACUCGAACACCAAUCUCCACAUUCGACACCUCCGUUAACGAGACCAUCGUCACUUCCAACGUCACGUUCCCCUUGUCUCAGCCAAUUUUUGUUGAUGCCACUCACGAUACGAUCAUCAGUGCGAUUGUCACUGCUAUGAACCUCAGCAUCUUCUCUGCACCUGGCCCCCUUCCCACUGAUCACAUCCCCGAUGAUCAAACAUGGAUAGUACCCCACAUCUCCCCCUUCGGCUCCAACAUGGUCGGCCAAGUCCUCUCCUGCCCCGCCUCUGACACCCCGACCCACAUCCGCUUCGUCCUAAACGACGCCGUCCUCCCGCUCACGGGCAUCCAGGGCUGCACGGCGGACAAGAACGGAUUGUGCGAGAUCGACAAGUUCAUCAGUGGCCUGCAGGCGAGGAUCGAGGAGGUGGAUUAUCAGUUUGAUUGUUUUGCGAAUUAUACGGUUCCGGUGCCGGAUGAUAUCACGGAUGGGAGGUUCCCGGAUGCGUUGAAGAAUUCUACGUCUGCGAAGUAA